CCUGUAUAAUAUAUCAUUUCUUUGUUUCCCCCACCCUUUCCGGAAGCAUUUGGACAUUCCAGGUCUACAGUUGUCCUACGAUGCAGUAAGUCUUGUGUUCUCUACAAAACGGAGUUGGUGCAUUAGAAUAUUAUUCGAUGCGUUAAGAUUAAAACUGCAAGUUGUUUUUAUAUUGUACGUGUGUUUGUUAUAUAUAUUUUUCUCGUAUAUACAAUAUAAUGGUUACGAUAGAGGAUUUGCCUCCCGAGAUUAUUUUAAUAAUUCUAGAAAGUGAAAUUAUUAGCUUUAGGGACAUUGAUAAUUUUAGUUCUACGUGCAAGAAAUUUCAGUGGAUAUCUCAUUAUAAAAAUCUCAGGGAAAUAAAAUAUACUCAGGAAGUCCACGAAUCAUUGAACAUCGUCAGUUUCUUCGAUUUGAUUUGAAUACAUAAUAUGGGAUGAUGAGUAUAAUUUUCUUAGUAUGAUUGUCGACAAUUUUUUUAAGUCUUCUGUGUUUUAGAUGCUCUACUAUGCCGAUAUUGUGGAAAGAAGAAAUGGGCAUUGAAUUUGAUGACGUAAAUAUUAAAGAUUUAAAAGAGGGUAAGAAAUGUGUGGAAGAUUUGUGGCUUUAUGUGUCUCGUAUGUCUGCGAUGUAUCAUUACUGUAAGGAAAAAGAAUAUAUCACAGCAACAGAUAUAAAUCAAUUUCUCAGUCUUCAUAAAGAAAAGCACCCUUUCAAUAUGUUUAUCCUACUUGUUGAACUUAUCGGAAACAUAUUCCAACAAGAUCCACGCCAAUCCAAUUUAACAGAAAAAUACUACAGCAUACAAAUAUUUCGAUGCCUGAGUCACGAUAUUUUUAAUUUAAAAUGGCAUAAACUUCUGGAGAAAUUAUCCAAUCAAGAGCAGCGUUUGGAGGAUAUGUUUGUCAUAAUAUUACGACGUUAUCAUCCCGAUAAGUUUAUUACUAUCUUGCAUGUAGAUAAUGUCAUAGAUAAUAUCGUGCAAGAAGUAUUAAAAUUUUUGAAAGAUAAAUAUCCCCAGCAUCCGAUUUUGUCUAUACAACCUAAACAAUUUGCGAUUUGGAGAAAUAAUUAUAUUGAUAAGAAUUAUUGGGACGAAACGCACGCAUUGUCAAUUAAGUAUGCACUCGACAAUAUUAUUGUAAGUUUUGAUUCUUAUGAAUCAUGGAUGGAACCGAAUCAGAUAAGUACGGAACGGCAUUAUAAACCGCUGACUAGAAAAGAUAUAUUACGUUAUAAACAUAUGUUGUGGUUGACAAUAUAUAUCUGCGUUGCAAAUAGAUUGGGUUUACGUGUUUCAACAAAAUCACACGAUGGAACUGAUUGUAUUCGAGAUACACAUUUGGUUCAUCAUUUCAGAAAUAAUACAGAAAAUCUAAAAUGUUUCACAUUUGGGUGGGCAGAAGAUGCGAAAAUUUUUAGCAUAAGAGAAUGCCGACGAGAGUGGUCUCUUCCAUUGACAAACCUGCAUCGGCCUAGUUUGUCAAUGCAGAUAUACGAAUUUUUGACUAAAUGUGAAGACACCUUUACUGACUACAAUAAGUACAUAUCACCAUCAAUAACUCUGUAUAAUGAGACAAUUUGUAGUCCAGAUGAAAUGUUUCGGAAAACAAGAUCGCCUAAUCUAAAAUUUGCGAUCGGAAUGAUAGUUACACAUAAGCAUGACAUGGAAGAUAAUACACAAAAAGAUAUUACUGGUGUCAUUAUUGGGUGGCAUAACGAAUGCCACAUUGAACGCUUUCGAUAUAAGAAUUCAUAUUGUAUUCCAAAUAAAAUUAAAAAAGAAUGUAUUGAGAAAUAUAACAUAAAAGAUUGGAAAUCGCAACCAUACUACGUUAUGUUAGUUGAGAAUAAGCUGUGUUAUGUUCCACAAUGUGCUAUAACAUCGACAUGCGAAGAAUGGAUAAACAAUUCAGAAACUGGAAGAUUUUUCUGUAAAUUCGAAGGCACUCAUUAUGUACCAAACAAAAUGCUAGAAAAAUAUUAUCCAGACGAUGCCGCUGUCGUUCGUGAAAUAUUGAGCAGUCGAAAAUUAUAAUAUUUUGAGUGGUGCAAAAGUGUGUGUCUGCCAUUUUUUAGUCAGGGUUAAAAGCUGGAUUGAAAUUCGAAAGUUUGUAUAUUGAUGCCAGUUCUCGAAAAACAAUAACAAACCAUCAUAAAUAUCUUGCCAAAGAAAAAAAUCCUUCUAAAAUAGUGCGCAUAAAAAGUGUUUAUGUAAAGAUUUGUUCUCUGACAAUAGACUCGGAUCAAACAUAAAUAAUACGUUAAAAUAUUUAACAUGACAAA